AUGUCUCUCUGCCCUGAUGCCAACCCUCCGGCCACUGAUGAAUCCGAUCGUGAAACAAAAAAAGUUAAGAAUCGUACAGAUACCGAUAUUGAUCUAGCACAGACUGCCUCUGAUAUUGAUGGGGAUAUGGAGGUGGAAACCAUUAGUGACGACAUGGUUGCUGUUGAACAUGCUCCCCAACAUGUCUCUUUUAAAGAUAAACUUCUGAAUAGCGACAGGAAGGAUUCCAGUGUAAGAGAAGAGGAAGAAACGUGCUUCAUUAUCGCUGACAAUGAUAUUGAGAGAGGAAUUGCGGGAGGAAUCCCCACCAUCAAUUUUUCUGAUAGAAUUCAGAAUAUCAUAGCACAGAAUAUGAAACUCUGCGUUAUUGUCCGAUUACUGGGAAAAACUAUUGGAUAUAGAACCUUGUUUGGUCGCCUGCUCAAACUAUGGAAACCUAAGUCUAACCCUAGCCUCAUUGACUUGGAUAAUAAUUUUUUCAUGGUCAGGUUCUACUCCAUGGAAGACUAUACUACGGCGCUAUCUGGUGGUCCUUGGGUUUUGUUUGGACACUAUCUUACGGUGCAACCAUGGAAUCCUUCAUUCUCGCCGGAUAAUAUUAAUGUGGCGUCGGUCACUGCUUGGGUUCGUUUUCCUGGCCUUCCGAUCCAGUAUUACAGUAAUCAUGUUCUUAAAGCUAUAGCCUCUACCAUAGGCCACGUUAUCCGGAUAGAUUACAAUACAGAAGCUAUGGAACGUGGAAAGUUUGCUAGAUUGGCUAUCAAUUUGGACCUGUCUAAACCGCUAAUCUCUAGAAUUCUUAUUGAUGGACGGGUUCAGAAAAUUGAGUACGAAGGUCUGCCGAUAAUUUGUUUCGAUUGUGGUAGAUAUGGCCAUAGAGAAAAUAAUUGUCCUUUCAACAACAAAACCGAAGGGGAUACCACGCAGGCCAAGUCGCCCAUCCCAAACACCGUUCAAAGUCCGGCAACCACGACGGCAGAGGCCCCCUUUGGUCCAUGGAUGCAAGUGACAAAUCGUAGAAGGAAACAAAACAACAAUGGCACCAAUCAAGGAAACAUUCCUUCUGGCUCAAGAUUUACUUCCAUAGCUGAUUUGGAGGAAGAAAAUCAAGAUUCUCAUUUCGAUAAUGGAAAGGAAAAGGAGCUGACUCCAACGGACAUCUUAAUUAAUGGAAGUCCUCAAAUUAUUAUUGAGAGGAAAGAUAAUUCUAAGGCCCUUCAUGCUAAAGGAAAAAGUAAAGCCCAAGCUUCAAAACCCAACCAGGUUAGCACCCAACCUGCUCCUCUCAUGCAAAACCAUGCAAAACAUGUUGCAACGUCCUCUACAUCUUGCCCAAGUGCUCAUAAUGCGCCUGCCUCUCUCAUAAAAAAUGUCAAAGAGCUCUCUCCUGUUUCUACUUCCCUGGACCCAAAGAACCACUCGGCGGUUGCGACGCCUGCGAUUCAAGGCUUAUCCGUUCAACUCUCUCAGCUAAAACGGAUGACCCUAAGAGACAAAUUCAACCCCAAAGGUCCGGAUAUAACCCGUAGCCAAUGGAGUGUUAAAAUUAAUAAAAACUCUAAAGGACAAGUUAAGGUUAAGAAGAAGAAAGAUUUAGCUCUUACUCCUGAUUCUUUCAUGACCGAAAUGUUGGUAGAAGCAGCUAAGAGUACCAGCGACAACAACCACUUUGUUGAACCUGCUAUCCCUCAGCCAGAAAAUCUUAUUAGCGGCAAUACCGCUGUUGACUCCACUCGAUAG